UGAGCUGCAGUAAGCGUGGGAAAGCUGCCACAUCAACUGUCAUUGUCACCGUCGCGCGUCACGUCUGUACUUGCAAGACGCCCUUCCCCUCAACUUCGAAAUUCUUGUCUAGCUUGCACCAGCUCACAAGACGAUACACGACCACUAAAUACACUUUCAUAACGCACCCUGAUUCACAAUGCCGUCUAAAGGAUGGUUCAACCUCGAAACCGCAGGCGGCAUCAUCCCCGAGACCCAGUUCUUUGAGGGGGACUCUGCUUUCAAAUUUCUCGGCCUCACUCGCACGCAGAGAUUAUACGGCUUUAUUGGCUGUCUCAUCUUAGGGUUUGCCCUAAGUUUACUAGGCAGCGUAUUGCUUUUCUUGGGCCAGUUGGGUAGUUUUGCAGUUCUGUACACUAUUGGAAUUCUGGUAUCGCUCGUCGGCACUGGGUUCGUCAUCGGGUUCGCCUCGCAAAUCAAGCUCAUGUUCAAACCCGUACGGCUCAUCGCCACCAUCGUCUUCAUUGGCUCAAUAGGUCUCGUCUUCAUCGGUGCCUUCGUAAUCGGAAACGAGGUAUUGUGCAUUAUUUUUGUUAUCGUCGAAUACCUCGCCUACACCUGGUACAACCUCUCAUACAUCCCUUAUGCCCGAUCAGCGGUGCUGAAACUCGUCGGAAUGAGUUAAUUGGAUGUUACACUCUCUCAUGUAUGUUUAUGAGAUCAUGAUAGAUAAUGCCUCUCAUUUCCUGAUGUGCUAUUGCUUUGGAAUGCUAUAUGAUGAUUAAUCAAU